AUGCCCCCGAAGAAAGGGGCCAUGAGGCCCCGAAUUACGAAUGUUGAGCAGUUGAGAGGUUUGGGCCAUUACUCAGUUGAUUCUCUAAAGAGCAAGGAGUAUCAUGGCCUGUUCGAGGCCCUCUUCCAAGCAGCGUUGUCUGAUAAGCAAAAGUUCUUGGCCGGGAAGAGUGGUGUAAAGCAUGCAAAUGAGAGGCUUGACGAUUGCGGCAAAGCAUUACGGGCGACUGUCACACAUGGCAUCUCGAAACUCAAAGCUAAUACCUCGAGGGCCGUGAUAGACCACAUUACUGACACGCUUCCCGACCGCGACGGGGAUUUCUUUCAACCUCUAGCACGAGACUACAUGCAGACGCUGGGGCUCCUGCUUGACUGCCCUGCACAUGUCGAGAGUCUCGCUCUUUCCAAUGGAGCUGGCUGGGAAGCAUGUGUCGACUUCCUCCUCUCCAGAAUCUCUCACCUAUUAGGUGGCACGAGGUCGACAGCUUCCGAGACAGCACUGCUUGAUAAUGAAUCCCCUGCGCCGGGUACUGGACGCCACUCAUCACUCGUUAACUUGAGCAGACGCUCUCAGGCUGCGAGUCAGCGCGGCUCAGCUCACCUACAGCCAGGCGACCUUUCCUCGCCAGUGCAGUGUCUGCUGUCGUUGGUAUCCGCUUCCAAUGCCCCUGGUAUGACACGGCGUCGAGAGGUGUCUGAUGCCGUGCUUGAUGUUUUGCGGCUACGUCUCAACUCCAGCAAACUGCAUAGGGUGGCUUUCGCAACUUUGAACUGCAUAUUACUCCAAACAGCAGGUGAUGACCCCGCGCUUGGUCGGGCGAUCACCAGGGAAGCGGUGCCUCUACUCAGCUAUUGCUGGCAGCCACGGGCCAUCGACAAUGAUGAGUUGUUGUUCUCCGUGAGGGAUGAAAUGCUAAAGACGAUCCACGGUAUCCACCUAUACCUGGACAGCCUCUUGCAGGAAGCCUCCUCUGCCCGCUUGCUGGGCGACCUGGAAGACCUCUUGGAUGUACUCUGGACUGAGUAUUCGCAAAGAAGCCAACAGUCGCGCCUCCGCUUGGAAGACCUGACGUUUUCGUCCGCGCCCAUCCCUAGUGGUCACUUCAGCACAGGCUUGUUUGCUCUUCGACCAUUUACGCAGGAUGCCGAGCGCCGUUGGGUCGUCGUUGAGACAAUGUCUUGUCUUGAACACAUUUUUUUGCGGCAUAGCGGAGCCGGCGCACGAUGUCCAGAUGUUGAGGACGAGCAGCCUAGGAAGAGGCAACGCUUGGCCGGAGGCUCGUAUAGGCUGCAGAAAAGAUUGCUUUCGUCCGAGGUCGCGGUCAAGUUGACCGCCCUCCAGAUCUUUCCCUUCUACUUGCCUAACAGCGAGGUUUCAGGAGAACAAGCAGCCGCAAUCAUGGAUCAUUUGACACCGAUGAUCAGUGACAAGCAAAGCGUCCUCUCAUCAUGGGCAAUGAUCGCUUGUGCCAGUUGUGCAAUCAAACCGCAUGGAAAUCAAGGCAUAGCUGAAGCCAAGUGGAAACAGCUAUGGCAGCUAGCCGUCAGAUCUUUGAGCAUAUCAAGCACAUGUCGAGCAGCUUGCGUACUUCUUCAUGUAAUCUUGGAGUCUCAAUUGCUUCCGCACCAUGCAAUUGCGGAUGAUGUGAGCAACUUUGUGAUAAUGGCCGAUAUUUGCGGACCCGCAGUAUUGGUUGAUUCGUCCUUGGUGCUCAUGCAUUGCGUCGCAAAUCUGCGCAAUGAAAUGGCACCUAGUGCUAUGCAAAAGACAUACAGUCAUGUCAUCAGAUGGGUCUUUUCUACCUGGAAACCUGCGGAUUCAACCUACGCGUCUUCUUACGGCGCCCAUAUGGUACCGAUUGACUUAGUCAAUCUUCUUCUUUCAUGCUGUGGUCUGUCUCCAAUGGAGCUUGUUGGUGAGGCGCAGCUUGUUGGCGGUCAUAUGACGAAAUAUCUACUGCAUCUCGACGGCGAAGAUUCAUUGGGUCCCAUACUUCGCCGAAGCUAUUUCCACAACACGAACGGCGAAGAAAUCACCGAUGAAUUCACGAGCUCCAGUUCUCACAACUUCAGAACACUUGCUCUAGAGCUACUUAUUCCCAAGUUGGACGACUUUGCCCAAUUGUUUCGACCAACAUCUCAGUCAAGUGUACGACAUGGGUCCGAAAUAUCUGCGAGAUUGUCCAUCGAGAGGUUGCGGAGCUUGCUUGCAUGUCUGGUUUCGAGCACCAUUUUGUUGUCCUGUCUCCAGGAUCAAGACUCUCGGAUCGUGGCAGACAUCAAGACCACGUUGGACGAAUUGUGGGACAGAUGUAUCGAAAUGGUCCUCGAGAUGCCAGAGAACAAGGAGGCGUUUGAGGUCAUUCUGCUGUCGGUGGCCCCAUACUUGCCUCGGCUGGAUACAGUACAAGUGGAACAAUUCUGCAACAGAUAUCCUCAUCUUUUGAGGCUCUGCGAGAGGUUGUGGGAUCUCACCCGGGCCCACAAUACUCGCCAGACACCAGGCCAGCAGUCGGAUAUUAUGGAUGUUGAUGAGGAGUUCAAGUCGCAAGUCAACAAGAGCGAUCCUUCUUCGGGAGUCGCGACCCUUCCCAGGCAGAAGAUUGCAUUGCGUAUGAGCAAACACGCUUUCUUGGAAGCUACACAGAUGAAGCUGCAUCUCUUCUCCGAAUAUUCCAAAGACCACGCGCAAGUCGGACUAAUUACGGAGGCUGUUAUGGACGCUUUUCUAUCCCUGACAGACGAAAAGUUUCUCUUCUGCGGCGGGUUUCUUCACGAACUUCUUGAAUUCAAUCUUGGCAAUACAUCAAACUAUGCCAGGGAUAUCAUUGAACAAGUCGGAGGGAUUUUACGAGAAAACCUGUUUUCAAGCUGCGAGGCCGUCUUGUGCUUGUGCGCAGACAUACUCAUGUACUUCGCACCCCUCUGGUCAAUGGGUGGAAGCGACUCGGAUCUUAUCAGCCCGUCCGUGGACCUGUACAAUUUUCUCGUGAAGACGGCCUGGCCAAAUCGCAUCUUGUCUAUCGAGGCGCAGAUGUCGUUGACGGAGCUUCUGUAUCGUCUCAUGGAGAUAAACUCUGAAUUCUGGAGAGAUAAGAGGGCCAAAAUGCUGUUGGUUGGCCGCAUGAGAGUCAAAUUCCACAUCGGACAGCGUCUGACAGAGUUUUUUGAUCUUUAUGCAGUCAAACUGCACGAGGCCAUCUUCGGAGACGUCUUGAAACAGCUGCCAAACGAUGGGGGUUUCUUGGAAGGCAUAGCUUUCCGAGUAUUCGUCCUGGCUAAACUGGGCUGCGAACUUCCGACACUUCUCCGACGGUGUGUUUAUCAUAUUUUAGAGAUUCCCAGGAAGGUUCCGGGUGUCUCGAAAUACGCAACUCAUGGCAUGAAAGCUAUUGCUCUUGCAAGGUCACUGAAAACUCCACAGGAGCUGCUAUAUCUGUUCGCCCCGCAACUUCUCUAUACCUUGCUCGAAGAGGGAAGCAUAGAGGACAUUCCAUAUGAGAUAUUCGAUUUCGCGACCUUGGAUUCUCUCCUCGCACAUGUCAGGACCGAGGCUGCUGCAAUCAUGAUCAUGCGAGACCAAGACGCAGCUUUGGAAAGACUGGCAGCUCGACUCGGAACGGCACCUGAGACAAUCGUACAAGAAGGCUUCUCAAAGAUUAUGGCGUACUCCACGUGCUUUGAUAUAGCCAAGAGGGAGUCAGAUAUCACCGCCGAAUCGCGGAUUAGAAAGACUCUGGGAAAGGACUCAUUCUACAGUUCCCUGAACCAAAACUUCGUCGACAUUGUCGGUCACUUCUUCCUCACUACACAGGAAGACCUGAUUGAGACGUCAUGGGCGAAGGAUGAGGCUUUUGUGCAUGCUGCAAACACCAUGGCAGAGAUCAAGAAAUUCAGCCACUCGCCAACUCAGCUGCCGCCUGAUCAGCAACCGUCAUUCAAGGGCAAGCAUCUUGUUGUACAACUCGCGCAUCUUGCCAGUUAUACCCAAUUCAAUAUCCUUUCUCUCUGGACCCCUCCUCUCGUUACUUCGGUAGCACGCAGGCUGCUCAACACCAUACACCCAGCCUUGGGACCUCACCACGCCCUGUCAGUGAUCCGCAAGAUCCGAAUUUUAGUCUGUCUGGCUGGGCCUCAGGUCUUGGUUUCAUAUCCUCUUGAAAUGCUUUUGCGCUCCAUCAGACCAUUUAUCUCGGAUACAGAAUGCGCGGAUGAUGCUCUCGGUAUCAGCCAAUGGCUGAUUGCCAAUGGUUACACCCAUAUGGUACAGACGCCAUCAUUUCUCGCAGGAUAUGCCUUGUCAACAUUAGCGAGCCUGCGAAUGUUCUUAGAGUCCAGCCAGGCCAGCUCCACUCAAGAGAGCCAGUUCAAAGCGACCAUGAGCAAAGCACAGCGGUUUCACACCUGGUUUGUCAAAUUACUGAGGGAGUACGAAUCUCCUGCCUUCAAAUCAGAGACACAAGCGCAAGCCUUCAAAGCCAUCACCGUCUCAGCAUCCAACAUUCGCACUUCGGGCAAUUCGCAGAAAGACACGCACGAAAGCAGGCUUCUCCUUGAAAUACUGAAAGACGCGGAGCAAGAGGAUCAGCUUCUCAAUAAUUCGGCCCGAGACCUGGCCCUUAAGAUGUUGUGCGGCGACUUUACUAUCCCCCGGUCCAACCAAAACGAUAUUCUUGAAUCUGAUGCAGACGCUCGCAUUCAUGGACCAAUGGUGUGGAAGAGCUGUCGAUCUGUGAACUCGAGCAAAGAGUAUUUGACCUGGGCGGGACGUGUUGUUGGUAAAUCGUUCGCAGCUUCAGGCGACAUCCCGCAGGAUGUCCUGAAAGAAUCGCUCUUGUCGACGUAUCAAAGGACUACAACCAAAGGCGGCGAUUCCAUCCAUGGCCUCCUCAGGCUGCUGGCUGAUUUGGCGAUGAGCGACAACUCUCGCCAUGCAGGCCUCGCGGAAUCGGCUGUGCGAAGGAUUGUUUCAUUUGCAGUUGCUACAGAUGACCAUGAUCUCAUCGCAGACUGCAGACGUAGCUUGCCUGAGACGCUGUUUAGCUCUUCAGCCUGGUCCUUAUACCAGACCCCUCCAACAGACCACGGUGCUACGGGUCAUGAUCAGCAUGAUGUCUUUGGUCUGGACAAAAUCGAGUCUCCGCUCUGGGCCCGUCAUCUGUCUGUCCACUUGGCCGAAGCUUUGCAAGACAAUACCGUCUUGGCUAGUCUCUCUUCAGUCCUGCAUGAACUUGACGGUUUUGCUGAACAAUCACUUCCUUAUCUUGUCCACCUUGUUCUGGUUGGCGAAUUCGACAGUCAGAAGAUGGUCAAACGAAGCCUAUCGGCGGCUGCCAAGGAAUGGCUCAGAUCAGAUUCAGCAGAUGCCACAGCCAACAUCAAGCUCCUGGUCAAUGUGGUAAUUUAUCUGCGAAGCAGAACAUUCCCUGGUGAGACGUCUGUUAUAGAUAGGUCUCGUUGGCUCGAUGUUGACUCCACCGUUGCAGCGGAGGCCGCGGUGAGGUGUGGCAUGUCUAAGAUCGCUUUGAUGUUCGCCGAGCUGGCUCUUGCGGACCCUUCACGGAUAUCACGGCGGUCAUCAGCGGCUAGAGAGGGCGAGGAUCCAUCCGAGUUGUUGCUCAACAUCUUUGAGAGUAUUGACGACCCUGACGCUUAUUAUGGACUGGAAAGAACGGCAUCCCUCUCCAACGUUCUGGCGCGACUGGAGUAUGAAAAGGAAGGCGCCAAAAGCCUUGCAUUUCGCGGGGCUCAAUAUGACAGCCACAUCCGAAUGAGAGAUCCAGACUCAGGGCGUGACGGACAAUGCUUAGUACAGACUCUGAGUGGUCUCGGCCUAGCAGGCCUCUCUGAAUCAUUACUCCAGGCUCAUCAAGACCAUGACGAUUUUACAAGCUCCUUGGAUACUACCUUCCACACGGCCAGAAGACUCGAGAAGUGGAAUCUGCCCGCUCCAGCAACCCUUGAGAACAAUGUCGCCAUAUCUUACAGGGCCUAUCAAUCCAUCCACAAAGCCGUUGAGCUGGGACCAGCCGUCACCGCGGUCCGAGACGCACUGGCGAGUACCAUGAGAAAUGUUAUCACCAAAGGUCUCAAGCCAAGUGACCUUCGCCAACACCUCAGCACACUUGCCGCAUUGACUGAGCUGGACAACGUUCUCGGUGUUGCCGAUGCUGGAGACCUCAACAGGAUUCUAGAUAAUUUUGAGACACGAUCGACAUGGAUGCUGAGCGGAAGAUACGACGAUGUCAGCCAAAUAUUGUCACAUCGUCAGACAACUCUCAGCCUUUUCAGCCAGAAGGACACGCUGAGGACAUCAAAAAUCACUUCGUUGGAAGCGCGGCUAGUCGAGGUCCGAAGUAUGCUGUUGUCCUCCAGCAUCUAUCGAUUUCAACAGGCCAGACAAGAGGCAUUGAGUAUAUCUACAACGCUACGAGACCUGGUGGCCCCGAGCCAAGCCAUUGGGCUCUCCAUCGAUGCCGCUGUUAGGAUGGAUGAAGCCCACUCCCUUUGGGAUUACGGAGAGAUGAUAUCGUCGAUCCGACUUCUACAGGGCCUACAUGAGAAUGCAGCGUCUCUGAGGAAGCAGAACGUCCCUGUUUCUCACGCGGAGGUCCUGUCCAAGGUCGGCCAUCAAGUGUCCGUGGCAAAGCUCGAGACAGUUGACAGCAUUCAAAAGAAGUAUCUGGAGCCUUCACUCAAGGCGUUGAAAGGCGCCAACACGGGCAAGGAGGUUGGGCAGGUCUUUCACCAGUUCGCGACCUUCUGUGAUGAGCAGCUUCAGGACCCCGAAAUGCGCGAGGAUCUGACGAGGCUCCAGAGACUUGUCCAGAACAGGGUCGAAGAGGUCACCCAUUACACCAAUGAGUGUAGUCGAGCUGGCAACUCACAAGUCAGGGUGAGGUAUCAGAAGUACCUCGAAAACACACGGAAAUACUUGAAGCUGGAUCAGGACGAGCUCGAGCGCGCUCAGAAGACGCGCAACGAAUUUGUCAAGCUCAGUCUCGAGAAUUUCCUCCAAUCUUUGGCCGCCUCAGAUGACCACGACGGCAAUGCCCUCCGGUUCACAGCGCUAUGGCUGGAACGGUCCGAGAAUGAGUUUGCCAAUCGGGCAGUGAAUACGUAUCUGAAGAAUGUGCCAACUCGAAAGUUUGCCCCUCUGAUGAAUCAGCUGAGCUCACGGCUUCAGCUCGACAACAGCUCGUUUCAAGCGCUACUCAUGUCACUCGUGUAUCGCAUCUGUUGUGACCAUCCUUACCACGGCAUGUACCAGAUCUGGGUCGGAAGCAACUCAAGGCCGAACAAACAGGACGAGGUUGCCAUUCGGCGCAAAGAAGCCGCCAAGAAGAUUGCAACCCAGCUCCUGCAGACCAGCAACGGUACCUCUGACAUCUGCAGGGCAAUUGACAGAGUGAGUGGAUGCUAUCACUCGCUCGCAUCAGACAGAGGCCCGAAGGCGAAGAGUGGUGCUAGGAUCAAUGUCAAAGACUCCAAAGAAGCGAAUCAUCUUUCGCUAUGCUUUGGGAGGUAUAAAGUUCCUCCACCGACAAUCGACAUAGAGCUAUCGCCUACCAAAAACUACGCAAACGUGCCGGUCAUGACAAAAUUGGACUCGACAAUGGUUGUCGCGGGUGGUGUCAGCGCUCCCAAAAUUAUCACAGUUGUUGCCAGCAAUGGUCAGAAGUACAAGCAGCUGGUGAAGGGCAGUAAUGAUGAUCUUCGUCAAGAUGCAAUCAUGGAACAAGUCUUUGCUGCUGUCUCAUCCCUCCUUCGGCAACACCGAUCAACAAGACAACGGAACCUUGGUAUUCGAACCUACAAGGUGCUCCCUCUCACGAGCACAACGGGUAUCAUUGAGUUCGUUGCGAACACACAACCACUGCAUGACUGGCUGAUCCCCGCUCAUUCCCGAUACUACCCCAAGGGGCUUAAGAUGUCCCAGUGCAGGAAAGAGAUCGAUCAGGUUCAUGAGCAAACGGCCAGCAUCCGGCUCUCAGUAUACCGCAAAGUGGCAGAGAAGUUUCCUCCCGUUAUGCGCUACUUCUUCCUCGAGUCCUUCCCUGACCCUGACGACUGGUACGCCAAGCGUCUCGCAUACACGCGCAGCACAGCAGCCAUCUCAAUACUAGGACAUGUUUUGGGCCUGGGCGACCGACAUGGCCAUAACAUUCUGCUUGACAAGAAGACGGGGGAGGUGGUGCACAUCGAUCUCGGCGUCGCGUUUGAGGCGGGUCGGAUCCUGCCAAUCCCCGAGGUUGUUCCCUUCCGUAUGACACGCGACAUUGUGGACGGCAUGGGUGUCACCAAGACGGAUGGGGUAUUCCGGCGUUGUUGUGAGUUCACAUUGGAUGCGCUGCGCGAGGAGACAUACUCGAUCAUGACGAUCCUCGACGUGCUGCGCUAUGACCCGCUGCACUCAUGGAGCUCGACGCCCGUAAGGUUGGCGAAGCUGCAGCGCGCCGCAAGACGGGGCGAGGAUGACGAAGAAGGGAAUGAUGGCGGGGCCAUUGCCAGCGAGCUCGGAGCAGCCGACAGGAAAAAGGUAGUCAAUGAACCAUCUGAGGCGGACAGAGCGCUUGCGGUGGUGAGGAAGAAGCUGUCCAAGACGCUGAGUGUCACGGCGACGGUCAACGACUUGAUCAACCAGGCAACAGAUGAGAAGAACUUGGCCAUGCUGUUCUGCGGCUGGGCGGCAUAUGCUUGAUCUGGGGGCAAGAAGCACAAGCCAGCAAAGUGAGCUGAGCUGGCACCGGAGAAUGUUUAUUUCUUGGUCCUGGCCUGUGUUCCAUGUGGAUGUGAGGUAGGCAGUGGAAGAGUGUAAUCUGAUGAUGUUUGAUCUGUUUGAGCUUUUUCUCUUGAGAGUGACACGUUUCUCGUUCCUCACCGCGUGCGAGAGGUUCAUUCGUGCUUCGUCAUCAUAACACAAGACGCCAUUGUGCUGCUACAGUCACUGAUGCAGAGAGCAAGACUCUUCUUAUCAAAUGUUUUCAAGGAAAGCAUGAGCCCAUAGUACCGUUAUUCGCGAGUAGUAUAGGGUGGGCUGUACACUUGAGUAGUACAGGUACCCAGGUAGGUGAGGCGGGGUAAUGUGGGUACCAAAUGCGCUGUGGCAGCGACAUAGCAUUCACUAACUCCGUUCCCGC